AUGCUCAAGAAGACUCUCGCUGCCAUUGACCUGACCCUCUGCCGCCCGACUCUUCGCUCACACCCUCGGCUCUUCCACACCACGCCCGACAAUUGCGCACGUCGGCCCGCACUCCUCCCGCCCAAACCACCCGCGGAUGAAGGCGAAUCCCAGUAUCUCAGAGCGCCUCGCAACCUGCAAGAGGUCUUUGUCCCAGACGACUGGCGCACCCCUCCUCCUCCUCCUCAUCCGAAACUUCCCCUCAACACCGAUGUCACGCUCCACCCUCUCAUUGGGACAGAAGUAGACCUCACUAAAGGUCUGAGCAGGGAAUUCGUGGCGCGUAGUUGGGCUGAGGGAGACAACUUCCAAUUGUCUACCCCAUACAUGAGGAACCCCAAGGAUAUAACAGUGUGGCAGGUGUACAAGGCACAACCCCUCAUCCACGCCGAUGCAGAGGAGGAGAUACGACAGAUGCUCAGCCGUCUCAAGGUGGGCCGCAUCAAGAUCACCAACCGGACAUUGCUUUUCAACAACGAUUGGUGGCUCAAGUUUUAUACGGCGCAGGUCAGGAGCGAUGGGUCGAACUUGCUCAAGGCAAUAUGGCUCGAUUCGUCCUCCAUCCUUCCUGUGGAACAAGCUUUGACCGCCGCCAACAACCCGCCCCUUCCAUCCUUCUUCUCGUUGCUCUUACCUUACCACUACGCCCUCCUUGCCGUCUCGCCCGGAGUCUGCGGUACCGACGACUUUGGGAAGGUCAACCCUGCUUGA